UCCAAACAUCCCGAACACCCAACUGUCAAUUUUUACGACCUUGACACCGAGAUAUUUGGAUCCGAAGCAAAAGAGGGUAAACGGCAUCAUGAUGCGAAGAACAGCUUGCUAUCAACCGAAAGUAUUGAAGGAGGUGAAGAAAUUGAAGACGACGAGUCCAGUACGUGGUUGGAUCAUGUGCAAACAAGUUCUGCGGCAGCUAUGGCGACAAACGCCGACUUCGACGUUGAAUCUGAGGUAGAUUUGAGUGCGGAUGGUUUGUUGGCAGUGUUGGCAGAAUCGCGACCUAAUGUGGACAGCACAGGGAAGGGCAAGGGCAAGGCUGAGGCUGAGGAUAUCAAUGGAAGCGAUGACGAGUGGCCAGAGGUAUGGGAAUGA